AGUGACGCCAGAUCCGCCUCUGCCCUUUUCCUAUUUCCGCCUUCCUCGGUGAAACAACCACCCAACCCGUAACCUUCAGCCUAACAACGCUUCUUCCUUCUCGGCUCCUAUCGACCCUGUUCUCCUUCCUGCAGCUCCGACCAAUGUCCUCCCCAUGUCAAGGCCUCCAUCUGCGACUGAGAAUACCUGUUCAGCACCCCUGGUGACACCUGCCGCGUCUGCCCAACAUGAUUGCUCCGACGGGCCUGAACUCCUUCACGACAAGCAGCAGCGCCACCACGACGCUCGGAGCCAGCUCAUCCACGACGAUGUCGUUCAGCAAGUUCCCUCCCCAUCCCGCGCUGAAUCCCCCACGGCUCGUCAAUGGGCCACGCCUGUCUCGACCUUUACUCUAAAAAGGCCUACUACCGUCCCCGUGGAACGGCUCUCCCGCCCAGACCGAUCGCAUAGCCCUCAGCUGUCCGAGAGAGAUAGCAUUUUUGCAACCCAUUACCUCCCUUCUGAUACCGAAUCCGCCGUCACACCGCAAAUUGCGCCCGUGCAAGAUGUGCACAAUGAGCCGCCCGCUAGCCUGAUACCUCCCCUCGAAGAUGUUUCUUCCACUCCUUCUCCGAUUUCCCCUCACAAGGUCCUCCCUCCCCGUCCUACUCACGUCGGCCCUUCCCACAUGGAAGUUGACGUUCGCAGGAAGCAUUCAUUAGGCUCUCCCUCGUUGCUUCCAUCGGCAGUCCCGCAUUCUACCCCCCUCCUGCCGGUGGACUCUGAUGCGACCUUGGGGAAGCGUUCCCAGUUGCCAAGACGGGGUUCGCAUACAUCAGUGUGGGAGAGCCUGCAACAUCUUCGCAAGUUUGCGCCGGACGAUGCUGCGACGAAGUCUGCCAUUGCGGAGGAUCCAUCGCCUCAUCGCAGUCUUCUUUCCGCUUCUCUAAACGAUGCUUCCUUGGCGACGUCCCAUGCCGCAACACGCUCUCCUACUAAAAAAUCUCCGGCUACCAACAUCGAAGUCAUUUCUCAGCCAUGGUCCGGGCAACAAAUUCAGGACGGCGCGCGUGUGAUGAAACCCGAGCGAAGCUCGAGUCGGGGCCGCCGGGCCAGAGUAGAGCAGUCUAUCGAAGCAAAUCUGGCCAAUGCGGAGCCGACCUCUCAUGUGCGCAGCCGCAAGUCAAGCCAUUACUUGGGCCUGUUCAAAGAGAACACCACAUCACCCGAUCGUAAACGCAAGGAAGAGCGCGCGGGUCGACUCGAUGAGCUGCCAGAACCACACGACAAGCAGCAAUUGACGGCUCAUUCAGAACCUCGCUACUCCGGCGAACGCCGUGACUCGAAUUUGCAUAUCCCGCCCGUGUCUGAGGAUACGGGGUUGACAGGUUCCAAGAGCCUUACACAUCUUUCUAUUGCUGACGCUCCCCUGUUCACGCCAGGCGCCGAAAGCGAAACUGGACCGCAGAUGCCAACGGACAAUGUGGUUAAAUCCCAGCCUAGGGCCUUACCUCGCAGUUUGCUCGAGGAGAUUCGCAACUUCCAUCUUACUCCCGGGGGAGGUCAUGGCACCUCGUUUUCACGGAGCAUCCCAACCCAAUAUGCGGAGAGAAACCGAGAUUACUUCUCCAAGGCACCCGAAUUGCAUGACCAUGUCGAGUCACGUCUUUCUCCAUCGGACGCGAGCAGAGAGCAACGCCGUGGUUCGGGGCAGUUCGAGGAAGAGGAAGAUGAGCAAAUUUCGUCUGCUGUCUAUUUCCCACACGAGCGCGUCACUCUCUCUGAGGAAGUCGAUCAGGUUCAACCUUUUACAGAUGGCCAAGAUAGCGUGGAACCCGUUGAUGUCUCGACAGCGCAGAGUAGUCACGUUUUGGUGCCAAAGAGACAAGUCGUUCCUGAGGAGCAAGAAGCUAAUCAUGUGGACAUAUCCCUUCGAUCUAAGAAAGAUAGUAGAAUCCUACACGGCGACCUGCAAGGCAGGCAGGAUGCUCCCAUAGACAAACUUAAUGAAGAGUCUCUUCGUUCCAUACCCGAGCGCCCUGCUGAAUAUUCAACAGAGUCCGAAGCCGCGUCUGCCGACGAGAGCGGCAUGUCUGUUCGUGAUGAAGAGUCCAGCGUGACGGAUGAGGCUGAGGUGACGCCGACGGCCACCCCGACUCAGCGCUCCCGUCUGACCCGUCCGCGUCACAAGCAUGAACCGGCUGGACCGCUUGGGGCUGUGGAGUUGAAGCCUUAUCGCCAUCAGGUUGGGGGUCAUACAACCGUUUUUCGGUUUUCCCGUCGCGCUGUUUGCAAGCAACUCAACAACCGGGAAAACGAGUUUUAUGAGCGCAUCGAGCGCAGGCAUCCUGAGAUGCUGAUGUUUCUGCCUAGAUACAUUGGCGUUCUGAAUGUCACCUUUUCAAAAACUCCCAAGCGAUCCAAGACCCCAGCGAGCCACACGGAACGCCCUGAUAGUAGCAAUGCGAUACAUUCUACUAACAAUGCGGACAAUGAUGGAGUGACAGCCGCAGAUGCCCGCAGCCCUACAAAGAAUGACGCCGAACCGCAACGCAUCUUCAGCCAGAAGCAGGUGACCGGCAUAAUUCCCCAAGUCAUUCUCGAGAACAAUCGUCAUAUAAUCCCAGCCGAUCUUUUCUCCCGCGGCCAGCGCCCAAGGACUGCUGACGGAUCCUUAUCAACUAAUAGGCGCUUCCCUGGGGAUUUCGGGCAGUUGCGAGACGAAGAGGCUCAGAGCUGCCUUUUGGAUGGGUCACAGACCCUGAAGAAAAAGCAAUGGGGUGCCACCACUGUGAACAGGAAGCUGCAAGAGCAAGUUCUGCGUGAAGUCUUCAGUCCACCUGCCGUGCACCAUCACCGUCGCCAUGCUCGAGGCCAUCUCAAUUUACCGAGGACGUCAUCAGAUGGCAUUGAAAUCCGGCGGAGGGCCAAUUUAUCGGAAGACCAUACGGCCAGCAGCCGCAGGACUAUACCUGAAGAACCUGACUCCACACAGUCCGGGGCAAUCGAUAUCAAUAGGCAGACAAGUGACGGACCGGGUCUGUCAUCUUCAGCAUCGACAGCACUGGAUGCGGGCCACAAUCGUCUCGAGAAAGUGCGGACCGAAGAGUCUCCCCAACGUUCCAGCUCGUUAUCCAGGACUCGGCAGGUGAGGCGGCGCCGAUCUGGGAGCGGGUUGCAAAGACGAGGAAGCAUGACUUCUGGGCAGCCGGGAGGCGAUCUGCUGUUUUUUGAUGAUGAAGGUUACGGGGGUGAUAAGGAAGAUGGGAUAUUCUCAAUGGAGGGCGAUAAUCCGGCCCCUUCACCAUCCCAUCCUGCCACGAAUUCUUCAAUCCCAGUAGCCCCCAAAGUUCCAGGAGCGGACUCUGUGCAGCUUGAUGGCCGCGUGGGUAACAAUGUCCUCUCCCGGUCUCCAGUCCGACCCAGCACCAAUAAUGUCGAUGAUGCGCAACUUCCUUCUAACCCCAAAGAGGCCCAGACCAGGAAAGACGAUCGAGUGCAAUUCUUUCUCUUGCUGGAAGAUCUUACUGCGGGCAUGAACAAACCAUGUGUUUUGGACCUCAAGAUGGGGACUCGCCAGUAUGGAAUCGAGGCCAAUGAGAAGAAACGCAAGUCACAGAGACGCAAGUGCCAGUCAACGACGUCCCAGCAAUUAGGCGUUCGUCUAUGCGGCAUGCAAUCGUGGAAUGUUAAAAAGCAAGAGUACUCCUUUGAAGACAAAUACUUUGGACGAGACUUGAAAUCGGGGCGCGAAUUCCAGGAUGCUCUUACUCGCUUUCUCUACGAUGGUGCAAGUUACAGAAGUGUGGCGAAAAAGAUACCCGCCAUUCUCGAAAAGCUGGCCAAGCUGGAAAACAUGAUUCGGAAGCUCAAGCGCUAUCGCUUGUAUGCCAGCAGUCUUCUGAUUCUUUACGAUGGAGACCCCCAUAAUCUCGACAAAUCAUCUCAAAACAAUGGCCCCUCCGGGUCGGCCAAUAUGCGAGACACUCUACAACGCCAGGUUUCAGAUGAUGGGUACUCGGACGUGCAGUUGAAGAUAGUUGAUUUCGCUAAUUGCGUUACGGGCGAGGAUGAAAUAUCGCCUGAUGCUCCCUGCCCUCCACAGCAUCCAGAUGAUAUUGAUCGUGGCUAUCUUCGGGGCCUACGAACCCUUAGGAUGUACUUCCAGCGCAUCUUGAAACAGAUCACCGAAGAUGAUUACGUUGAAAGAGGUGAAGGGGAAGCGAUUGCGCUUGGCUCCCAGCACGCCAGCCGCGAUGAUUCAUCUCAGCGCUAUUGGGACGAAAAUGUACUGGAGACUGACCCUGGCGAGGUUAGCUUCUAGAUCCGGGUUCCUUCAAUCUCUGACGGUCGGAACUCAGUGCGCCUUUGUAUUCUGCUUUAUCCCUGCCUUCACUCCUUUUCGAUCCUCGGGCUUUCGAGCCGGAGGGACCGGGGUUGCUUUGUCCCUAAUGUCCACAUGGCAAGUUCUUCUUGCAUUCACGGGAUGUGGCAUCAAA